ACCGACCGCCCUCGUCACAGCCGUGCAGGGGGCCUUUUUUCUACACCAAUUUUUUUUGAAGAGUUCUUAGUUUUCACCAGCGGGUUCCAGGGCCCGCGUAGUACCAUACCAUCAUGCAGCGAACAAUCAUCGGAUUUAUGCCUGUCCCAAGUCAACUCGUGCGACUCUUCUUUUCACCGCGAAAGAACGGAGUCGCACUCGAACCACCAUGGCAGCGAAAGUACUAGUGGUCUCAUAGACCAAGCAUUGUCGUAUUCAGAUCCUCUUUCAAACAUUGAACCGUCCCUUGAUCCAAGUUCUGUUUCGUUUUCGACUUCAUCGCUUUCUAUGACGGACACUUUGCUUGAUACUUCUCCCGAAUCUUUUUUUCAAACUACAGACUGGAGCGCCCCUUCUUGUUCGCAAUCUGUUGGCUUAACCUCAUUUCCCAUUCACGAUGAAGCCGGACCGGGAGUUAUUGGCGGUGUGCAAUCUUCGCACCCUUUUGUCCCGUCGUAUGCGGCCCCAAACCAUCUCUCCACUACUCCUAUUGGGGUAGGAAAUCUUUACAACCCAGGUUCGAUCCAAUUCACUGGAAAAGACGAUCCCCACAAUUCUGGUCCUUCACCGGCAAGCCCAGAGACCCGGAAUUCGUCUUCCUCGGAGGGAUCCUCUUCUACCCCUAAAUUGUCUACCCGUCCAAGGGUCACCCAGCCAAUUGACUCUGCUCGUGUCGAGAAACGCAGGCAAAAUACGCUUGCCGCUCGUCGAUACCGACAGAAGCGCGUCGAUCAAAUGACCAGUCUUGAAUCUGCCUUAAAGGAGACCCAAUCUGAAAGGGAUGCUUUGAAGGUUCGGGUUGCCCGACUUGAGGGCGAAGUAGAGACGCUUCGGCACCUGCUCCGCUCGUAGAGUUCCUGUUCAUGUAUGAUUGUCAGCGCUCUUUACGGCUGUAACGUUCGUUUUAUUUUCUCGUAGAGGGUGUUGGUUCAGACGAUGUCGGAAGGUCGAUCAGCUGCCUCUCUUCAGCGUUGUCAAAGAUGUAGCAGUGUCAGAUCGGCAAGUAAUUCUCAAUCAUGUCGACUUUCUGGGUUCCGUGUUCUCUAGGAUCACUCACUUCUUUGAGAGUUUGGUAGUUUAAUUGAUUUUCAGUACAUGCUUCAUGGAG